AUGAAACUGUAUUUUCUCAUCAACAGGAACCAGUUGGUAUCCAAAAAUCACAAUUGCAUUCUGACCAAGAGAAUUGCUGAACUUGGAUUCCUAUCCUCUGAGCCGCCAAGGACAGUAGUCAACCAGGCCCUGACCCUCUUCUGUGAGGAGGACCUACAGCUGUUGUGUGCCCUGUGCACUCAGCCCCCUGACCACCAGGGCCACCAGGUGAGAGAAAAGGCGGAAAAUAGGAGAGAAAAGUUAGCCUCUGAAUUUGAGCAGCUGAUAGAGUCUGUUGAGUGUGAGCGAGAGGCAGUUAUUUCAAGGAUAACUGCAGAAGAGAAGCACAUUCAACGGAAUCUCAGUGCAAACAAAGCUGCAUUUUCAGACUACAUUUCCAAACUUAAAGUUCUACUAAAGGAGUUGGCAGAGAAGAGUGUGAUGUCAGAUGUAAAAAUGAUGAUGAAUAUCAAAGAUGUCUUCGACCGUUGUGAAAAACUACAACCCCCAACUGUCUAUUCUUUCCAGUACAAGAGAGAAGAGUUCAGUCUUCCUCCACAAUGUUCAGCCCUGCAGAAAAUUAUACAGAGAUUUAGAGAAGAAAUUACCCUAGAUCCUGAAACUGCACAUCCUAAUCUGCUGGUGUCUGAGGAUAGAAAGUCUGUGACAUUUGUGAAGAAAAAGCAAAGAGUUCAGUGGAAUCCAAAGCGAUUUAUGGUUGACCCAGUUGUCCUGGGUACUAAAGGGUUUGACUGUGGCCGACAUUACUGGGAGGUCCAGGUGGAUGACAAGCCUGAGUGGGCCGUGGGGGUCUGUAAAGACUCCCUCUCUGAGGAGAAAAAGCAGCCCCUGCUAAGACAGAAGAACAGAUGUUGGAUGAUUCAGCUGCUGGAUGGUGACUAUGUGGCAGGAGGGUCUGCUCCUGUCACCCUUGUGCUGAAGAAAAUGCCCAGAGGGAUUGGCGUCUAUCUGGACUAUGAGUUGGGUCAGGUUUCUUUUUACAGUUUGAAUGACAUGUCUCAUAUCUAUUCCUUCAGGGACACAUUUUCUGAAAUGCUAAAGCCUUACUUCUAUAUCGGAUGUGACCCCAAACCUCUUAUUGUCCGUGCUUUUAGAGAUUAG